UGAUGAAGUGGCAAUGUUCUUCUCACAGAAUGUUAAUGAAAGGGCCAUAAUUUUUUUCUGGGUGACUGUAGUCUUCUGGGCUCUUCAGCUUUCAGUUCCUUACCAGGAUCUUAUCUUUUCCAGCCAUACCAAAGACUUCCCCACAAGUCUCAGGACCUUCCUUCUCAGAGCAGAAACAAGUGAGCAGCAGGACUCCAAAUCUACAGUAGCUUCCCGUUUUUUUUUUACGAAAAGACAAGAAGGAAGCCUCACACGAAUGAGGAACAAAUAUACAGCAAAUGAAUCUCUACUUUUUCUCCGUCGAUUCAUUGCAGUGGUAAUGGGAAUAAAGUUCUUCGUGAUGCUGGCCAUGUUAGGCACCAUAUUCAUUUACUCUUCCAACCCAAAGGCUCCAAGCAACGCAAAUGGAUUUUACUGUGGCCCAUGUCCUAAGAAUUGGGUUUGUUACAAAAACAACUGCUAUCUAUUUUCUAAUGAAAGCAAAAGUUGGGAUCAGAGUCGAGCUUCCUGCCUAUCUCACAAUUCCAGUCUCCUUAAGAUAUAUAGCAGGGAGGACCAGGAUUUCCUUGCACUGGUAAAAUCAUACCAUUGGAUGGGACUAGUACAACCUACACCCAGUGGGUUCUGGAUGUGGGAAGAUGGUUCGCCUUUCUCUCCUGACCUACUUUCUCUGGUUUUAGUGCAAAAAGGAAACUGUGCAGUGUAUGGCUCCAGCUUCAAAGGCUACACAGAGAACUGCUCAAGCCCAAAUACUUACAUAUGUAUGCAGAAGAAUCACAGAUCUGGAAGGUCGGAAGCACCCUUAGCUUCCCAUCCACCAGCUAAUCCCAUCCAUCCAUGAAGGAAUCUCCACUAUGACAUGGCCAACAAGUGGUUGGCUCCUUCAAUCAGUUCCUCAUAUGACUUGGAUUCAGGGACUUUCACUCUCCUGGUUGCCCUCCUCUUGACAACCUCCAGCUUUUCAAUGCCCUUAUUAAAUUGUAGUUGCCAGAAUUUAACACAAUACUCUAGCUUAGAUCUGAUAAAGAAGAGUAAUGUGGGACUAUUAUCUCUCUUUUCCUGAAGAUAUGUCUGUUAUCUUGACUGGAAGCAGCUGGAUAGCACAGUGAAUAACGCACUGUGACUUCAGUCAGGAAAACCUGAGUUCAAAUCUAGCCUCAGACGCUCACUAGCUGUGUGACCCUGGGCAAAUCUCUUAAC